AUGGAUAAUUUUGUGAAAUCUUUAGUAUCUGAUAUCCUCAUCAACAAAAUAUCAUCCACUGAAUGGAGUAGCAGCAGUGAAAGCCAUGCAACAGACGAUGAAUUAAUAAGUAGAAGAAAGAAAACUAGAAUUUCUGAUUACACAGAAACUAUUGUAAACCAAUAUACAGAUGUUGAAUUCCGGGAACAUUUCCGUUGGCCAAAUGAAGAGAUAGCUGAAAAAAGCAGUCAGAAUUUUGAAAAAAAGAAGGGUCUUAAAUAUGUAAUUGCUGCUAUUGAUGGGUCUCAUAUACCAAUUCGAAAACCAGUUAAGCAAAAAGACGACUUUGUCAAUAGAAAAGGAUUUCACAGCAUUCUCAUACAACGAAUUGUACAAGAAAAUCUUAAGUUCAUCGAUGUAACUGUUGGUGAGCCAGGCUCCCUUCAUGAUGCGAGAAUGCUGAGAAAAUCUCGAUUCUACAGAAGGGCUGUUAGCAAUACAAAUUCUUUAUUUUAUGGCAAAUAUAAACUCUUAGGAGAUUCUGCUUAUCCUAGAUUAAAUUGGCUCAUACCUCCUUACAAAGAUAAUGGUUUUUUAUCAGAAGAUGAAAGGGAUUUUAACUAUAAGCAGUCUGCAACUCGUAUUGUAGUUGAACAUGCUUUUGGUUUACUCAAAGGUCGUUUUAGGAGAUUGACUAAAUUCGAUAAUUUAAAGCAUAGAAUGAUAAGUAAAUGUGUGAUGGCUGCUUGUGUAUUGCAUAACAUUUGUUUAGAAGAUAACGAUGGUGGUAUGGACUUGAUAGAAAAAACUCAAUAA